AUGCGUAUCUUGGCCACUUUGCGAGAAAGGAACCUAAGUUACCUAAGAACGACAGCAGUCAAAGCGAAAAAGGCCAAACCUUUCAUUGCCCGCUUGAAUCAUGAUGUUGCUGUUCAGCUGGACUAUUACAUGUCUCCCCAGUUCGGGGGUAUUGCCUCCGCCUUGGUAAACAACCGCUACGAACAAGCCGGCCUUGGCCAAGUCAAGUUUCUUCCCACGUGUCCUCCUGGGCUCGAACAAGAGCGAGUGCGUAACCAUGCCAACUCUUCUUCUCCCAGCGCGGUCACUCUUGGAACUGUGGAACAGAACAUUUUCAUUCCCACGCUUCUAAACCAACCCGAGCUGAACACAACCGCUGUGGGUGCCAUGUUUCGAACCUCUCCCUUGUGUGUGGCAUCGCUGCGUCCACUCGAACCCGGAAUGACCAUUGGAGCCCACAGCGACACGGUCGAGUUGUUGCAACGAAUCUUUCCACAAUGCAAGGUCAUUGCUUCGCCUAGAAGUACCAAAAAUGCAGACUUGCAAAGUGGAAAAGUCGAUGCUAUUCAAGCCUACACAACCACCGAAGUUCCAACUUUGGAACGACUCCUGAACGACAAAGUGUGUGUCACCACCUUGGAAGGGCAUGGCCACACGAAACUUGGCUAUUCGCAGCUUAUCUUUGCAGCCAAUGAAUGCUUGACCGACGAUCGGCGCGAAAUUACGCAAGCGUUUUUGGAGGCAACCUUUCAGGGAUGGAAGGACGUCAUUCAGGAUCCACACCAGGGCGUCAAAGCGGUACAGGAGGCACAAAAGAUGUUGAAGCAUUUGGACGAUGAAGGGAACGAUCACUGGUAUCCUUCAGAAGAGUUCCAGUUGGAAAUGUUGCAGCUUUGUAAUGCCCAAGUCAAGCAGACGUUCCAGGGCGAUCGCUAUGGAGUCAUUGCCCCUCGUCGAUGGAACCAGGCAACAGACUGGCUUUUGGAUAUCAGCAACGCGUCGCCAGACGACGAUACUAAUUUCGCUUUGGACACUACCAUUUGGCAGCCUCCGUCGUCUCAGUUGGCAGGUGGUGAACUGGGAUAUCGACUCAUGGAGGAUGCCAAGGCAUCCGCCGAGUUCUUUCUCAAAACCCAUGGGCGAAAGCCGUCGCUCGCUGUUAUUACAGUGGGAGAACUGAAGCGCUAUACCCACGCCCAGAAACGUCUACAACUGUACUCCGAUCCCGCCAAAAGUUGGUUUGCAAAGACUGCAACUGGAGAAGCAAACGGAUUUGAAGUGGACGAGAUCUUUCUUGAUGAUUCCAUCACAACUGACGAACUAUUGAGUCAGAUCUACAAGCUUCAGAAAGAUGAUAAUCUAGAUGGAAUCCAGCUCAUGUGGCCUCUGCCAGAUCAUAUUGAUACGGCCAGAGUAUUCAAUGCAAUCGAUCUGGCCCGAGAUGUGGAUGGAAUUCAUUUCGUGGGCCAGUCCGAGGUCGGCAGUUCAGAUCCGUUCGCUCCAGUAACGCCUGCGGCCGCCAUGGAGCUGCUGAAAGAAAACGAUAUCAACGUCAAAGGGAAGCGGGCACUUGUGAUUGGACGAAGCCCGAUUGUAGGAUCUCCAAUGGCGCAUUUGUUACGUGAGCAAGGCGCUGUUGUCACAGUGGCCCACUCCGAGACAACACCUAGCCUAAUGGAGAAGCUUGUUGGAGAAGUCGAUAUUAUUGUGACGGCAGCAGGAGAACCGGGCCUGAUUCCAGCAGAGUGGAUCCCAGGUUCGGCUACUGUUGUGAACAUCGGUGCAACUUUCGACGAGGAAACAGACUCUUUGGUCUCUGACGUUGCCGGAGAUCUCUCCACGGUGGGUUGUCGCUACAGUCCCGUUCCAGGAGGUAUUGGCCCUUUGAGUGUGCCUAUUUUGUUCCAAAACACUGCCAAGGCGGCAUGGAAACGUGUCAGCGAUGUUUCGUCGCAUGUGAGCCAAACAUGGACCAAGACUCCAGCAUCGAUCCGCAAAUCCUUUCACUUUCCCACAUACACCGCAGCCCUCGAGUUCGCGGACAAAGUCAAUGAAAUGAGUGACAUCAUGGAUCAUCAUGCCAACAUGACUUUUUCGCAUCAAUGUGUGGAUGGAGUCGAUGUCGUUAUGGAAUUUUUUACCUUUGACGCCAACGAACUAACCGAAAAGGACUAUGAUGCAGCAAGGGUCGUGGAAUUGGUGUAUGGUGAGAAUGCUAUCAAUAUGGCCGACUUCACCUAUGAUUUGAAGGAGUCUUCUAUUGCCGUCUAUCCAGCGGAUCCUCGAGGUUCAUCGAAGCUUCUCCACCUGAGUUCGAAUGGACAAGUCAAGCACUAUGCGACAUUUUCCGAAACGUUUACUAAGAUUCUCCCGAAAGGCGCCCAUAUCAUCUUCAACGAAAGCCGUGUGUUGGAUGCCAGGCUUUUUGUGGAGGGAGCUGGAGAAGACUCUGUGGAGCUUAUGAUUUUGGACCUGGGAAGCGUGAAACUUGACGUUCCUUGCACAGAAGUUGCCCUCACGGCUAUGCUCCGCGUCGAAAGUGUGGACGAAGGCGACGUUGUAAAGGACAAGAUCACAGGUACCAAAAUUGUAGUUGAGAAAGUUCUUGGUGUUUGGAAAGAAGACGAGAAAAGCGACGGAAAUGGAAUGGAGUGCAUUGUGCGCAUCCAUUCGGACGAUUCCGUCGACAAGUUUCUCGACAACGCUGGCUCCACGCCUAUCCCUCCUUAUUUUCAGCGGGAAGCGGAAGCCUCAGAUAAGGAGGCAUACAACAAUGUAUACGCUUCCACCGGAGGUUCCGUCGCGGCUCCCACUGCUGGAUUGCACUUUACGGAACCAGUCCUGGAGUCCAUUGGCGCUGACAACAUUUCAUAUGUUACCCUUCAUGUCGGUGCCGGAACUUUUCAGCCGGUUGUAGCGAGUGAUGCGCGUGACCAUGCCAUGCAUGCCGAAAGCUUUUGUGUGUCGGUCCAUGAGAUUAAACGCAUUGUCGCAGCUUCCAAGGCUGGCAAGCCUCUAGUUGUG